AUGACGGCAGCGAUCGUCCUGGCACUCCUCGCACUGGUCGCGGUCGCGAGCGCCGGUCCGGCGCAGCUGAUCGGCAACAACUGCCCCGCGACGCCCCCCGCAUACAUGUACCUGCUGUCCUUCAGCAGCCCCUUCAACGUCGAGUACUCGCGCUCCCGCUCGAGCAGUUACGCGAACGACGACGUCGUUGUGGGACUCUCCAGAGUCAGGUCCCUCUCGACUGACAGCCCCGGGUCCACGUGGAACGCGACGGGGGGGUCGCCGCUGCCGUACGCCUCGAGCAUCCAGGAGACGUACCACGCGAGCGACUUUGGUCUGACGGUCAGCCUCGCGGCCGUGAACGCCACGGACGCCAACCUGCCGUCGGCGCGGGCAGCAAGCAACCCGCACCUCACCGAGGUCACGUACUCCAUCUCGCUCAGCCUGGUCGACCCCGCCGACGGCGUCCAGAGGGACCUCGGUCUGGUGCUGCUGGGCGACAACGCUGACGUGCUGCGCGGCCGCGCACCGACGUCCCCUCCGUCGCGGUUCGGGUCCGUGUACGACACCGCGUCCGGGUGCUACGACAACGGCGGCGCAUGGGCUUGCGCGAUCGGGAGCGCUGGGCAGGGCAACGUCAAAUCGGGCACCUCGCGGCCGUGGACCUCCGCGUGGCCGACGGACGUGGACGUUGUGGCCGUGUUCGACCCGAACUCGUCGUCUGCGUACCGCGUGGCGAACCUGCUCGGCUGGGUCAUCAUCACGCGCGACAUUCUCGCGACCAGGGCGUUCGACGUUGACACUGGCUCAGAUCACUGGGUCGGCAUGGGCACGCGCCUCUUCUGGCUCGACUACAGGGCGCUGACGCAGGGCGUCGCCAGCGGCAUCAUGACCAACGGCUUGUUCAGCAUGCCGUCUCCGUACAACACCCCGAGCAGCUGCGCCACAGGCAGCUGGACAAACUGUGCCCUGAACUCACUGCACCACCUCUCCUCCAAGGAGCGGAUGCUCGGCAAGAUGGGCGUUGGCGCCGACACCGACUUCGGCCCCGCCGACCUGACGGCGACGGCCCUCAGCACGAUCGGCGGCGUGAUCGCCCUCGGCACGCACAUCUUCGGCGACACCGCCUGGACGCCGCUCCGCGCGUCCGGCGGGUGCGGGCAGUCCGCGGUCAGCAGGAACCAGAUCUUGUGCGUCGAGGGCGCCGGGUGGCACCCACUUCUCCUGGCCGACUCCGUGGCCACCCUGGCCACGUGGACGUGGACGAUCCCGUCGGCGGGGAGCGUGUUGUCGCCGCCUGUCUACUCCGUCGGCUCCACGGCUGUCAGCCCGGCCACCGCGGACAUGGUCAACUACUUUGUGUCCACGCGGAGCAACUCGCAGAUCGGACGCUACGUGCGCUGCGACGGAGACUUCAUGUACAUGUCGGACGGCGCGUCCACGCUCUUCUACGGCCGCCCUACGUUCGACGACGGCAGUGUCGGCAUUCUCGGUACCUUUGGAGUCGGCCUGCAGAGCCCCGGUGACCCCGGGGUGUACGCCCCCGCGAACGUUCCAGCGCCCUCGACCACGUUGUGCGGGGACAUGGCGAUCGACCGCCGGUCGCCGGGGCUCGUCUGGGGCUGCCCCGGGGACCUCGCGGGCGGGUUCGUGGUGUUCUCGCGGCCGGCGUGGACCGGGUCUGCAUGGGCCACGUCGCUGCAGCUCUGGGACGUGGUCGGGGGGCAGACGUCGUGGCAGUCGAUCAGCAACCUCGAAGGCGGGGUGUCCGUCGCGAUGUCCAACUCGACGAUCGUCGUCGGGUCGGUCGGUCGGAUCGACAUCUUCGAGAUCGACUACGCGCUCAACCCCUCAAACACGCCGUUCCCGGGCGGCAUCCCGCCGUCGAACUACUUCAGGAUCAUACGCGACACCGGCGAGCCAGCAUUCUUCGGCCGCAAGGUUGCCAUGUCCACCCUCGACGCACCCUUCCACGGGACGUCCCCGAUCGUCGUAGCCGAGGCCACGCCGAAGACCGUCACGGGCGUCAGCAAUGGCCCGCAAGCGGCCAUCUACACCUACGAGACGGACUUCUGCUCCAACAUGGCCACCAGCCCUCCGCUGCCGACCGUCCCGGGCACGCCGCCGCCCCUGCCCACGAGCGCCGCGGUGUACGCAGUUGGCGUGGUGUUCCAGGCCGCGGCGGCGCUGGGCAACCCGCAGGGCGCCACGCCGGACGACCAGGCGUCGGUCCUCCGCGCGGACCUGCUCUCGCUCGUCAACGCGCUGAGCGGGCACGUGAGCGGAGGAGCGGUGCUCUCGGUCAAGGCCGUGUACCCCUACUACGAUACUGCGGUUCCGACGACCGGGCGCAUGCACCGCCGCGCCAUGAUGGCGACUGCGGUGCCCACGGGACACAUGGUGGUGUUCGCGGUGACCGGCAACGAUGUCUACAGUGGCGGCGCGACGGGUGUCACGGUCUACCGCGACAAGCUGCGCACGGCGCUGCGCACCACGCCCCUCCCGAGCUUCCAGCCGACGGGGGAGGUGUAUUUCCUGCCCAUCAGGGUCGAUUACAACCUCGAGGGCUUCACGUCCGCUGCGCUGCCCGCGGCGCCGCAGGCACCGCAGGAGGACACGUCCGAUGACGCUGGCCGCUUCGCGGCGACGAUGCGCCCCGUGGUCGGGCAGUACAAGGAGUACGACGAGACGACGCGCACCGUGGCCAGCGCCCCGCUCAACACCUUGUCGCCGGCGUCGGACCAGCGAUACCAGUGGAUGCGUGGGUCGGACACGUUCUCGGCGCUGAUCACGCUGCAGUCGGGCGUCAGCGUCGAAAUCACGCCGGCGACGUUCGUAACCCACGGUCUGUCCGUGCAGUCCGUCACCGCCGCCUCGGCCAGCGCGUACACGGUGGUGGUGGCCCUCGACCCGGCAUUCGAAGGCGAGGCCGUGCUCGGCCUGCCCGCCGGCCGGCUCGUGUCGACCGACGGACGCACGAACGAAAGACAGCAGGAGCUGAGGAUUUUCGUCGACCGGACGCCGCCGACGGUGUCCUUCGACCUCCUGCCGGCGUACUUCUCGGACCCAGUGCUGCGCUUCGACCUGAUCGUCGCAGGGGGGCCUGUCGUGCCCCCGGCGUCGCUCGAGGGCAAGAUCGUCGUCACCGGCGCCACCGUGCGCCGCGUCGCCGCCUCCUUCCUCUCCGCGACGCGCAUCCGCGUGCUCCUGGAGCCCGCGACGACGGGCUCGCUCGUCAUCACGAUCCCUGCCGGGGCGCUGACGGACGUGGCCGGGAACUCGAACCCCACGCCGGUUGCAGCAACGACGAUCUACAGGAAGCCGGCGGUGUCUCGCGAGGCCACCGAGGACGCCGUGACGUCGGUGUCGGCCGCGAGCGCAGGUGCGAGCGCUGCGGCCGCGGCCUCGAGCGCGGCGUCCGGCGCCGGAGCAGGCGCGGCAGGCAGCGGGUCGGCGGCGUCCGGAGGCACGGGUGCCGCCAGCGGCGCAGGAAUGGCGCUCCUGAUCGGCUCGCUGCAGAAGAUGAACAUGAUCGCGCAGCUCGAGGAGCCGUCGAAGCCCGCGAUGCUCACCGGCGCGGGGUGUUCGACGGAGCCGUUCAUGGGCAGGGGCAUCUUCCUCGGCGACGACGGCAAGUCGCCGGAGUGCGUGCCUGCUGACGAUCAGCUCGCGGCGGUCGCAGGCGCGAGGCGCCGCGUGCGGCGGAGGGGGCUGUUCGACGUCGUUGGUCUGCGGCGGCGUCACCACCCAGCACACGUCGUGGAUGCCGGGGAACCGGAAGCCAGUCUCGACUCCCUGUUUGCCGUCUCGAGUGCGGAGAUGGAGAGGAUGCUUCGGCGUCCGGAGCGGUUCAAGCAGGUCCUCGAGGGGCUCGACGCGGUGUGCAAGUACUAUGCGCCGCACAUCGCGGAGGCCGGGCGCAUCCCCUGCACGGACGUGCACAACGCCGUACACGGACUGGCGUCCACCCAGGGUCGCCGGGGCUUCUUCGCUGCGGCGCGGCACGUCCUGGCCGUUGACGUCUGGGCGCGUGUGCACACCGAGCUGUUCGGGCGCCCCCCGCGGUACGCAGUGGAGGCGUGGGCGCGCGACUACCGCGCGGGCGCGGGGAGCGCGAAGCCCGUCACGUGGGAGAUCCUCCCGGGCCGCGCCCUCACCGAGGAGCACCGUCGCAAGGUUCUGCAGGACCCGCAGGGCGCCGCGGAGGCCGCCAUGGUGACAGGCAUCGAGGACGCAACCGACCACCUCUUCCUUGGCACGGCCGAGCAGAUGAUCGCCAUGGCGAUCCUCGUCGGGGUGGAGACGGCCGUGCAAGUGUUUGCGACGCUCGUGUGGCUGUACCUGCGCCGUCGCAGGGGGCGCACGCCGCGGUACCCCUCGCAGCUGCUCUUCCCGCGCAUCCAGGUCUACACCCUGUACUUCUUCGUCCCGGCCAUCGCGCAGACGGCCGGGGCGCUCAUCACGGACGACCGCGACGGAGAGCAGGCGCUCGGGUGGAUCCUGCUCCUCGCGAUCCCGAUCCCGAUGGUCCUGUACUGCGCGUGGAUCGUAUACUCGACGCAGGUGGCGAUGGACUCGUGCUAUCGAGGCAUCUUUUACGAGGUCGACGAGAAGGAGGCGCAGGCGGCGUGGCACGGACACCGCCCCGGUCCCUGGACUUGCCUCGGGAUCUGGCGGCGCGCGCCCGUCGGGGAAUGGAAGGGCCGCAACUCCACGGAGAUGGCGUUCUUCACGCGGUUCGGCGUCAUUUUCGAGGACUACCACGGGCCGUACGUGGUGCGCAAGAACUGCACGUGGGAGCUCGACCCGGUGAUCAAGCGCAUCAACCGCGGGUACCUGGAAGCGUGGUACCCCGACGGGAAGUACUCCGUGCUCUCGACGCUUUUCGCGUACGGCUGCGCGUUCAACGCCCCCCUGCGCGUCACCUUCAUGUUUCUACUGGCGCUGGUGUCGAGCGUCGCGAGCCCGACGGAGGGCGAGGGGCAGAUCGCGGGGUUCAUCGUCCUCACGACGAUCAACGUGCUCCUCCUCCUCACCUUCCAACCCUACGCCUCCGGGACCGACCAGCUCGUCGACGCCCUGCAGUCCACGUGCGAGUACGUCUCCGUCUGGCUGCUCCUGGGCAUCGUGGUCGCCGUCAACACCAUCGACGACCCCGCCGACCGCGCCGACACCGCGAAGCUCCUCGGGGACGCCCUCAUGGUGGUGCUCGUCGUAGGCCUCUCCGUCUCCGUCAUCUCCCAGGUGUACGACGUCGCGUGCGAGCUCGCGGACUUCGUGCGGUUCUCGUGCUCCAUGCGCAUGAAGCCCGCGGAGAUGCUGCACCGCGUCGUCGAGGAGGAGGUCGAGGACAAGCGCGCGCGAAUCCUCGGCAAGAUGUACGCCAACCGGUGGGCGAACGCGGCUCUCGGACGCCCUAUCAGCGGCUGGCCGCGCCUUGGCCCGCUGUCCGCGGAGGAGGAGGCGUACGUCCAGCGCACCGUCGCGGAGCACCGCGUCGCGCUGUACAAGAACGCCAGGCUGCGCUUCGGAGGUGCUACAUUCAAGUCCAGCAAAUCCCUGGCCCAGUCCCGCGCCGACGCCGUGGACCAGGAGUCGGUCCUGCUCCUCGGCGCAACGCAGCGGCUGAAGGCGUCGUACGAGCGCGGCAGGAAGCACGAGGAGAGGAUUCAACACGCCGCGGAGCGUUGGAUGAGCCUUGGCAACAUCCACGUGCCGCACUUCGGGCUGUCGUUCAAGCGCAGCUCGCUCAAGGCCGACCAGGAGCAGCGCGCGACGCUCGAGGUCGGCGACCGCGUCUCUCGCGACGGCAGCAGCGCGACCACGGCGUCCGGGCGGUCGGGCAACGCCGUGCAUCCGUCGUCCGGCGAGGAGUCCAGCGGGUCGCCUGUGUAG